GCAGCCAGGGGGUGUCCCGCAUCCCAACAGGGUCCUGGCACCUCCAGGCCCCCCGACAUUCAGACCCGGAGCCGCACAAGCCGGGACGCCUGGCUGAGGCAUUUCCUGUCUCCAGCUGGGUUCCUGCGCCGGCUCCGGCGCGCCGGCUGCAGCCAUUGGCCUCUCUCGGGCGAGUGGAGCUGGGACAGCUCCCCCGCCGAGUGCCCCCCUCCAGCAUGCCGGCCGCCCACCCCCCAGUGAGGAGAUGAAUUGGCGCCAUGCGCCCCCCGAUGCCCCACCCCCACCCGGAGCCUCCGUGGUCCCCCUCUUGCUGCUGCUGGUCCUGGUCCCCCCGGGCCGCGGCUGCGUCUUCUCGUUCCACCCGCUGAGCACGACCUUCUCCGUGGCCAUCGACGAGCUGACCCAGCACCUGCUCCACGAUUACCCCGUCUCGAUGCCGUCGAACCUGGACCCGGACGCCUGGUGCGCCGAGCUGUGGAGGAUCCAUUUCCUGGCGGUGGAGCUGGGGCACAUGGGGGGCGUCGCAGGCCCGGCCCUGCAGCCCCUCGUGGCCACUGUCACCAACCAGGUCCAGUUCGUCCAGGAGUGCGGCAUUACCGACCCCAUGGGCUGCGUGGGGCGGGAACGCACCAACGUGUCGCGGAUGCUGAGCGCCCUGAACGGCCACCUGGCGGCGCUGAGCGGCAAAAUCCUGCGUCAGGCGGGGCCGGUCGACUUCAGUAACUGCACCCCCGUCCGCUGCCAGCCAGCCCCGGCUCUGCCGCCUGCGCCGCUUGGGCUCCUGCAGCCCGGCUUCUCCAGCCAGAAGCAGCCAGGAACCCAGGCGUCCGGGGCCGGCUCCUUGCACCAGAACCACCUGCCGGUGCUGCUCCUCCUGGUGCCCAUCCUGGUGUCUCUGGCCUUCGUGUGGCAGCGUCAGAGGAGGCUCCGUGGCCAGGACCCCCGGAGCCACGGUCGGUCCCGCUGCUCUGGACUCUGCGACGCGGGCGGCCAGGGCGGGUGCAGGCCGGGGCCGCCGGAGCCGGACGCUGCUUUCCACGCGCCGCUCCCGCGAGCCAAGCGGAGGGUGGAAUCGUCCGCGCCUCUCGGCGGACUGCAGAGCUGAGCCCUGAGGCCGGCCCCCCACGGGCCGUGGGGCUGGCGUCUACCCCCAGGAGGUGCUGUGCAGCGCCGACCCGGCCCCACGGCCCCCGCUGUCUGGACCUUGUAGCUGCAGCGCCGGGGAAGCCGCAGAUGGACUUUUCCUCUGGGGGUGUUUUGGGGGGACCGGGAUCUGCGGGGACAGACGGCCCAGCAGCAAGACGACACCCCCCCCCCCCCACGCAACCCCCUGAAAUUGUCACUGGAAACCAAUGGAUUUGCCUUUGUGCCAGCGCGGGGGGCUGGUUAUUCGAGGACCCUUCGCCCCGGUGGGACCCGGAUGCCUGAGUUCCCGCCCCGACGCCGGGGGCGGGGCACUGUGGCCAAGUGGGAAUUAUUCAGAAUAUUUUGUAUGAA